AUGUCAUCUAAAUAUCCUUCUGGGAAGAAAGGUAGCCGCAUAAGCUUAUGGUUUAAACGCGUUCUACCUGAUUCCCACCCACAAGCAAAAAAACGUAAUGAGCUUACCUCAUUUUCCGAAAAUGAAACUGAAUGCCCAGUUUGUUUGAUGCCUAUAGAAGAUCCACUGCGACUUAGUUCAUGCGGUCACUUCGCUUGUUCAGUUUGUUGGAGGAAUUUCAUCUCGUGUCAAAUAGAAAACUUUGCACUGGCUCAUCUCACAUGUGUAGCGUGCUCAGAACUAUUGCAGCCAUCAACUGUGAUUCAUCUCUUGUCUGCUGUUUCGACUCGUUAUGAGUCUUCACAAAGUCCCGUGAAAGAUAAUCAGUAUGACCGCAGUUUAUCUCGAUAUGAAGAAUUUUACUCCAACAAGCAAUGUCCUGUGAACCAGAAGCGAGAUGGUGCCCAAGAGGUUGUGGUUAUGGAUUGA